ACUCUCUUCUGGAAAUAGUGCAUUUUGAAUUUUAAAUUCUUCACCACUUUUCUUUUCUUUUCUUUUUUUUUCUUGUCCUUCCACUGUUCGUUCAGCUUCAUCUCUCUUUCUCUUUCUCCCAAAAUUAGUAUAAAAAAUUAAUAAUUGAUAAUAAUGUUGCUUUAAAUUAGCCAAGUGAAGUGAAGAAAUUCUUUUAUCCUUUGCUUCGAAGAACUUCAAAAGAGAUCCCCGUUUGGUCUCUUUCAGCUGCCUUUUUGUGUUUUUCACUCCAGUAACAGUUGGAGACUCUUCGACUUUGCCUCAAGGGGGAAUCUUCAAUAUGGAGCAGUAUGAAAUUCUAGAGCAGAUUGGGAAAGGAUCUUUUGGCUCUGCCCUGCUUGUGAGACAUAAACAUGAAAAGAAGAAGUAUGUCCUAAAAAAGAUUCGCCUUGCUCGGCAGACUGAUAGGGCUCGUAGAUCUGCCCAUCAAGAGAUGGAGCUUAUUUCUAAGGUGAAGAAUCCUUUUAUUGUGGAAUACAAAGAUUCCUGGGUAGAGAGGGGUUGCUAUGUUUGCAUAAUUAUAGGAUUCUGUGAAGGUGGAGAUAUGGCAGAAGCUAUAAAAAGAGCCAAUGGUGUGCAUUUCUCUGAGGAGAAACUUUGCAAGUGGCUAGUUCAACUCCUAAUGGCACUUGAUUACUUGCAUGCCAAUCAUAUUCUACAUCGUGAUGUAAAGUGCUCAAAUAUAUUUUUGACAAAAGAUCAAGAUAUACGGCUAGGUGAUUUUGGUCUUGCUAAAAUGUUGACUUCUGAUGACCUUGCUUCAUCUGUUGUGGGAACUCCUAGUUAUAUGUGCCCUGAGCUACUUGCUGAUAUACCUUAUGGUUCCAAGUCAGAUAUUUGGUCUUUAGGAUGCUGCCUGUAUGAAAUGACUGCUCACAAACCUGCAUUUAAAGCUUUUGAUAUGCGGGCUCUGAUUAACAAAAUAAAUAGGUCUAUAGUGUCUCCUUUACCAACCAUGUACACCGGUGCAUUUCGAGGACUUAUAAAAAGCAUGCUACGAAAGAAUCCCGAACUUAGACCAAGUGCUUCGGAGUUGCUCUCUCAUCCACAUCUUCAGCCAUAUGUUCUCAAAGUUCAUCUGAAAUUAAAUAGCCCACGGUGCAACAAUAUACCCACUCGGUGGUCUGAUUUAAAUUUUGUAAAGAAAACUAGAUUUGUUGAGCAAGAUGUCAUAGGCAGAAGGCGGUCAUUCAGCAAUGAUAGGGCCUUGAACCCCAGUGUAUCUGAAACUGAACAAGAAUCCUUAACUUAUAUUCAAAGAGAGCAAGAAAUUCCAAGUUAUUUGUUUGAGAAGUUCACAGAAUUUUCUGUUGGCUUUGACAAUGAAGAGAUUACUACUGUUGACGAGUCAGCAGCCAUAAAGUUUCCCACUGCUGUUAAGACCCCAAGAGUGACGCCUGCAGUAUCUGGCACUCCAAGGAAGCAUACAAUACCUGCUAAAAAAUCCCAGACUGGUCAAAAACAUGAUUUGGUUCCAAUAUCAAAAACACCAGUAAGGAAAUCUUCCUACUCAUUGCGCCGAGAAUCUCUUCCAUUGCCAACAAGGACUGCAGCCUUGGUGACCCCCUAUAGAGCCAAUGUCGGUUUGCUUCGCAGCAUUAACUCCCCUGAUGUUUCUGUUAAUACACCACGAAUUGACAAAAUAGCAGAGUUCCCUUUAGCUCCUUCUGAUGGUCCCCUUUUUUGCGUUCGUGGAACCUCAUCAACAUCCGCGAAGUGCUCUUCUUCGUCAAUCGACAGUGCCAACCAUUCUAUAACAAAGGACAACUGCACAGUUCAGACUCUGGACAAAGUUAUCACAACAUCCAAUGGCAGUGACCAAAGUCUAGGAGUUGGACGAGAUGAUGGUGAAGGCUCAGAACAUGAUCAUGCUGCUGCAUCCACUCAUUCAUCUUCUGAUUCACGACAGCGGCGGUUCAACACCUCGUCGUACCGGCAGCGAGCAGAGGCAUUAGAAGGGUUGCUUGAGUUCAGUGCAAGACUCUUACAACAUCAAAGGUAUGACGAGCUUGGGGUGCUUUUGAAACCAUUCGGAACUGAGAAAGUUUCUCCUAGGGAAACUGCCAUCUGGUUGGCUAAGAGCUUCAAGGAGACCCAAGCCUAAGCUAAAAUUACUAAUUUGAUAUGAACUCAAGCAGCCUUUCUAACUCCAGCUUGGGUAAUUCGUGAUGUGGAUUUGUGUCUUUUCAUUAACCCCCUCCAUAAGUGUGGUUGUGUUUGAAAUAUGUAAUUUCUGUUGGAAAGAGAAAAUGAAAAUUUUCUGGAAUUAUUUGCAGUGUAUAAUCAGACCCUUGGUCACCCGGAGAAAAAAAAAUGUAUAUAUUGAAUCCAAGACCAGUUAAUUUAUUUGAUAUUUGAAAUGGUUUGGAUAAAAA